AUGCUUGGAAUAUUAAGAUCGAUAAAAUACAACAAGGUCUCAUUAUCCAGUGCUAUACGCACGAGUUAUGUGGAAGCUGGACUAAAAUCCACGCACGUACGUUCCCUUCACGGUGUAUCUAGGCGCAGACCUCCGGUUGCCUUUGCUUUUGACAUAGAUGGCGUUCUACUCCGGGGCCAUACCCCCAUCCCUGCUGCUUUUGAAGCCAUGAAAAUUUUAGAAGGGCAGAACGAGCUCGGGGUGAUUCCAUUUAUUACGCUCACUAAUGGUGGAGGUGUUAUUGAAGACACCAGGGCCAAGGAGUUGUCAACUCAACUUAACACAAAUAUCAAAACUUCUCAAGUGAUCCAAGCACAUACCAUUAUCAAGUCACUUGUGCCCAAGUACAGGGGGAAGGCCGUUCUGGUGUUGGGAGGUAUAGGAGAUUCAGUUCGUCGCGUCGCCGAGAGCUAUGGUCUUGACGCUUACACGCCGCUCGAUAUUCUUGCAUGGGAAAGCACAAUUUCGCCCUUUCAUACUCUUACCAAGGAGGAGCAAUCUACCACGCGUCCCGGGAAUUUCUCGACCACCCCCAUUCAUGCAGUGAUCGUGUUCCAUGACCCUCGCAACUGGCUGCUGGAUACUCAGGUUGUAUGCGAUGUUCUGCAAGGACGAUAUGUCGAGCCAUCUUUAUGGGAGAAAAUGAAGAAAGCCAAUCCGAGCCCUGUCGAUCUCAUCUUUUGCAAUCCAGACCUUAUAUGGAGGGCAGCAUUCCCUCAACCACGUCUUGGUCAGGGAGGAUUUAUUACUGCGUUCCAGGCAGUAUAUCAGGCUCAGUUUGGCGAAGCAUACCCAUUUACGCAAUAUGGAAAACCCUGCAAGGACACCUAUGACUGGGCAAAGAUUGUACUCAAAAACCAGAUUGCUGAAAUGGAGCGGACCGAUCCGAACCACAUUGAAACCCCUCCGAUCUACAUGAUAGGCGACAACCCAGCAUCUGAUAUUGCCGGGCCAACGGGGCCGGUUGGGGAUCGAUUCUUGUACAUACUGGAGUUUAUGAUCCCACGACCGGCGGAGGAUGUUGCUCAGGCCGUACACUGGGCCCUGAAGCGUGAGGCUGGAAAGGUAAUCGCAGGGGCUUAG